CGUGUUUGGGGAAAUAGUUCAUCAAUGGAACUCACAGAGGAUGAGGAGCGGGAGGCAGAGGAAGAAGAAGAAGAUGCAGACGAAGGACGCUAUGGCAGAGAUGGGGAGGGUGCGUCUAGAAACUGGUCCGAAUCGAAUCAUCGUCGAAGUAACGGCAAAUGGUCCGGGAUCGAGGACGAUCCGCGUUGGUCUAUGCAAGAGGAGGAGGAGGAAGAAGAAGAGACGCAAGUCGCUCUCAGACCCAAUGAUAUGCGAAGACGCGUUAACGGCCAGUAUCAGAAAGCCGAUAGGCAGUAUAGCUGGUGGCAUCAGGACGCAAGGUAUAGGGACGAGGACAGAGAGGAGUACGGAAAAGAGGACGAUGUAGAGGAAGAGGAGGACGAGGAUGAGGAAGAACCUGAUGAGAGUGAGGAGGAAGAGGAUGAUGAGUAUUAUGGUCAAUCCGAAAGGAAGAUGGCCGAGUCUGAAAGGCAAUCAAGACAAUGGAAGUGA